AUGGCUUUCGUUAUCCAAUAUCUCCAGCUGCGAAAGCGUGUCCUGCAGCAACUGCAAGCAGUCGCCAGUGAUACUGAAGCAGCACCGGCUCAAGUCCCAGUUGACGUCGCUCCAGUUGACGAGAAGCCGGAAUCUCAACCGAGUAAGAUCUGCAAUUCUGCCUUCUGUCAUAUCCCUGGAAUCACGCUAGAAGUGGAUUGUAACGGUGAGCAGUAUUAUCGCGUUGGCUGGGAAGGCACAGGUGAUCCAUUCAACCCUCGCGAAUGGUCUUCAGCGCGACGUAUUGCUUCCACGCUCCUAGUAUGUCUUAUUGCCUUAAUCACCACCAUGGCCUCCGCUAUCGAUUCGGCAAUCAUCACAGAGGCAUCCAAGGAGUUUGGGGUGUCCGAUGUGACUGAAUCCCUAGCAACGGCCCUCUAUUUGAUCGGCUUCGGUGCCGGAGCCUUGGCCUCCAGUCCUCUCUCCGAAAUGGUCGGUCGAUAUCCAGUCUACUUGGGAACCCUCGUCAUCUUCGGUGCCUGGCUCCUUGGAGCGGCUUUGGCGCCCAAUAUUGGGGCCCAGCUCGCUUUUCGCUUCCUUGCUGGAUUGUUCGGUUCUGCACCGCUCACCGUUGCCGGAGGGUCUGUUUCCGAUGUGUGGACCUCCUUCGAGAAGACCUUUGGUUUUCCGAUCUUUGCCAUCCCUGGGUUCGGGGGGCCGGUUCUCGGACCUGUUGUUGGGGCCUACAUUGGCUACAGCCCGCAUAUCAGCUGGAGAUGGACUGAAUGGAUCAUGCUUAUUUUCGAUGGGCUUGUUAUUGCAAUGAUCCUCCUUUUCAAAAGAGAGACAUUCGCGCCUCAAAUUCUCUUCUACAGGGCUAGGUUCUUCCGAAAGGCUACAGGCAACCCGCUAUUCAAGACGGAACUAGAAGCCUCAGGAUCCGUUUCUCUCGGCUCCACGCUAAAGCGGAAUUUCAGUCGUCCAUGGCUCCUAUUGACGGAACCCAUUGUCAUUGCUUUCACCCUGUAUUUGACGAUUGUCUAUAUCGUGCUCUUCACUUUUCUGGACGGUUACCCAUACAUCUUUGGAGAGGUUCAUCACAUCAAUGAAGGUCUGUCCAAUAUCUGUUUCUUGGGCCUUUUCAUUGGUAUAGUUCUCUCCAUGUCACUUGUCCCUAUUCUUUACCGUAGAACAGCAAAACAGUUGAUAGAGGACGGCGACGACGGCUCGGGUCACAUGUUAAGACAGGAAUCUCGUCUUUUCUUCGCCUUUUUCGGAGCUCCAGCUAUUCCUAUCGGGCUGUUUUGGAUGGGAUGGACAGAUUUCCCGUCCAUUUCCAUAUGGUCACCCCUCAUUGCUUCAGUCGUGGUGGGCUUUGGUGUUAUCUGCAUCUUCAUGUCCGCCUACAUGUAUAUCAUCGACUCAUACCAGCAAUACGCUGCCUCAGCGCUUACCUUCGUUGCGCUUGUUCGAUAUCUCUCUGCCGGCGGCAUGACUGUCGUGGGUAUUCCGAUGUAUAAGAAUCUUGGUGUCCACUGGACAUUGACAGUGCUGGGAGCGAUCAGUGUUGUCGCCAUGCCAAUCCCCUACCUUCUGUUUUACUGGGGACCAAGUCUCCGGAAGCGAAGCAAAUGGGCCGUGGCCUUCAAACAUUGAAAUAGGAGCUGUUCUCUUAGCUAAUGCGGGGAUAGAAAGGUGAGAACAACAAAGAUUGAAGAAGGAUGGAGCUGAGGUCGGAUCGAAUUAUCCAUCUUUUUCGGCAAGUGGCGUACCACUUUGAUAAGGACAGGGGUCCGGAAGCAUGUCUGCGGUCAAACUUCGAUUACGGGAAUAGAAUAAUGUGUUGAUGGGGGUCGAACUCGCUGAGUUGGUUGUUCUCGCUGGGAGUCAACUAGUUAGUUAUCUACGCUGUGCUAACUAGGAAGGAGCUGAACCAUGGGAACCACCAACAUAAUGCGGCUCUGGUUAUGUCCAGAGGCGUUUAAUAUCUGGGAGACUGGCGCUGUGAUGCUGGAAGUUUAGGUAUUGAGGGAUUUUCGGGAGCUAUGCAGGGUCUCUUUGAAUUGAAGGGUAUUGAAGUAUAAUCAAAUAGAAUGUGUCUUAGGCAUGUCAAAGCUGUCAGUGGUUGAAAUGGAUAUUGUACGCAGAGCGCAUAAUAGGUGGAUGUUCC